AUGGCUGGAGGUUACUUCGACCUCCCGGUCACCCGCCGCUCAGGCGCCUCUGAUAUAACAGAAGUAACUCACAAAGCAUCAUCUGGGUCACAUACAUCAUCGUUGCCUCGAUUCAAUGAGGCACAGCGAAGCUCAAAGGCGUAUCAAGAGCGGGGAUCGAGUGAUGUUGGGGCACAGGGCAGGCAAUGGAAUGUAAGCAUUCUGAAAAACACCAAUCGCGACAAGUCCACAUUUGACAAGAUCAAGCUCCAGCAGCCCACUGGAUCCGCGGGCGUGUCCCGAAUGGACCACAGGGGCUUUAUGUUGCUUCAAAAACCCCUCCCCACCGCCAGCAUUCCACACCUCCUGGGAAAAAUUUCCCUCGAUUCCCAGCGGGGGUUUUCAGUGGAGGAUAGGAGCUCUACCGCGUCAGCAGAUGUCACUGACCUGACGAUCAACUACAGGCAGACGACAACUUUUGUCCUGGAAAGGACCCAGCGACCUGUAUCCCUUCCGAAUUGUCCACAAAAUUCUCCGAAGCCAAGUCCUAGGUCAAGCCUAGUGUCAUCAGUCCCAUCGACUCCGACUGAGGUGGUGUUUGUUGAAGAUGGAGAUGAAAUUCCUAUGAUCAGCUUCUCCGAGAAACAACAACUCUUCGACGAAUUAACCGAGAAUGACAGGGCCAUCUUAGUAGAUGGACAAUCUAUACCGCAACCUUUCAACGUCCACACCCUCGUGCGACAAAUGUCACGUCCAGACUUUUCCUUUUUGACUCGCCUCCGUGCUCCCUCGCCCAGCGCGCUCUCUGGUCAGGACACUCCAUCUGAGGACCGCUCCUCUGAGGAUCGUGACUCCGAGACCUUCAAUGAGCGGCCGGCGAAAUACCGCCGAGGUAUCCUCUCUUCCAUACUUAAACUUUACGACCAUCAGAACACCGGCAACCAAAAUUUCGAUCACCAUGGGCGGGGCCGGUAUGGUCACUCCCGUCAAGGGAGUACCUCCGAAUGGAGUGGCCGGGGCAUGUCCCCGGACCCUCUAUGGAGACCCCACCGGCCCCAAAAAUGGUACGAGAAGCCCGGCAAUGAGUCAAGUCUUUCUAUCAACUCGCAGUCCAAGAAUACAUCCCCCCUAAGCUUGCUGAAGCGUUCACGAAGCAGUGGGGCGGUAUCUGGCAGUUCGGCGAGCGGGACUCGACGUUGGAUGAAGCCUGCCCUGGAAGACGAAAUUCGUAUCACGGUUCAUAUAGCUGAGCUUCUAUCUCGACAGAAGUACCUGAUUCGGCUAUGUCGGGCACUGAUGAAAUAUGGUGCACCCACGCAUCGCCUGGAAGAAUAUAUGCGAAUGACUGCUCGCGUUCUGGAGAUUGAUGGUCAAUUCUUGUACAUCCCGGGAUGCAUGAUCAUAUCCUUUGAUGACGCCGCAACCCACACGACAGAGGUCAAGGUGGUUCGGUCUAGUCAGGGAAUUGAUCUGGGAAAGUUGGCCGAUGUACACGAGACCUACAAGGAGGUGAUCCAUGACGUGAUUGGAGUUGAAGAGGCCAUUAGCCGCCUAGAAGAAACCAUGAAGCGGCCGAGCAAGUUUCAUAUUCUCUUCCUAAUUUUUGCUCAUGGCUGCGCGAGUGCGUCCGUGGGCCCAUUCGCGUUCAACGCCCGGCCUAUCGAUAUACCCAUCGCAUUUUUGCUUGGCUGCCUGCUCGGCGUUCUACAGCUCAUUCUCUCGCCAAAAUCAAGUUUGUACUCGAAUGUAUUCGAGAUAUCGGCCGCGGUACUGACCUCCUUCCUGGCGCGGGCUUUUGGGAGUAUAAGAUUCCAAGGUGAACCACUUUUCUGCUUCUCUGCCUUGGCGCAGUCAGCUAUUGCCUUGAUUUUACCAGGGUACACGGUGCUCUGCGCAAGUCUGGAGCUCCAAUCACGGAGUAUUGUUGCUGGCUCUGUCCGCAUGGUCUAUGCCAUCAUAUACUCUCUUUUCCUUGGGUUUGGAAUCACCAUCGGCACUGCCGUCUAUGGACUUCUAGACCCUCAGGCUACAACAGCUUAUACCUGUCCGGCCAGCCCAAUUACCAACGAAUAUCUUCAACGCUUCCCAUUUGUCCUGAUAUUUACCGUCUGCCUUGCUCUCGUCAAUCACGCGAAGUGGAAACAGAUCCCCAUGAUGAUGGUCAUCUCGCUGGCAGGCUAUGUGGUCAGCUAUUUCAGCUCCAAGCGCGUGAUUGGAAACCUUCAUAGCAGAUUACGCCAUGGACUUGCUGCGGCAUCCAUGUUGCCUGCGAUAUUUGUUCUCGUGCCCUCCGGUCUCGCUGCCAGCGGGUCUCUCAUUUCAGGUAUCACUUCCGCGGAGGAAAUGACUCGCUCCCCUUACGCAGUUGUCGCCAAUGGCACGCAGGGCUUUGUUGAUGCUGCGAAGAACCUUUCAGCUUCUGAACAGAGAAGCCAAAGCUACGGUGUUGUCUUUGAUAUCGGCUACGGGAUGGUUCAGGUAGCCAUCGGUACUACUGUAGGCCUCUUCUUGGCUGCACUUGUGGUUUACCCCUUGGGUAAAAAGCGCAGCGGCCUCUUCAGCUUUUAA